AUGAGUAAUUGUUUAUGGUUCUCGACUUUAGAUGGAGUUAAUUAUUCUAUCGACGCUACAAGUAGAAGAAUUCCCAACGUAAGUUUAAAAGGUUUGAUCACUGUUGAAGCAGAAAUUAUAGGUACGGAAUUGGAGUUCGAAAGAUUAUUUUACACAUUUACUAUCAAAGAGUUCAUUGAAGAAGAAAAAAAUGCUCUAAAAGAAGAUUUAUAUUAUUCUUUAGUGAUCGCGGGGUUGGCAUCAGAAGACGCAGAUAUGCUAAUAAGUAAUAUGAUAAUGGUUGCUGAGAAUAUAGUCUUCGCUGGGGAUUAUAGUCGGGAUAAUACGCUUGUUAUUUUCGUAAGUGCACUUGAAUCUCUCAACAAUUUGAACUAUAACAUACAACUACAGCAAACAAUUCAAGAGUCUAUCAACGAUGUACCACCAGUAAUGAAGCCUACAAGUGAAAGUGCAAUUGCUUCUUUGGAAGUAAACGUCGUGAAAGAUGAUGACAACCUUUCAGAAGACAAAUGUGUUAUUUGUUUGAGAAAUUUUUUCUCAGGAUCAGAAAUUUUGGUUCUAAGUUGUGGCUAA